UCCAUCCAUCCAUCCAUCCAUCCAUCCAUCCAUCCAUCCAUCCAUCCAUCCAUCCAUCCAUCCAUCAGCUAGCUCUACUGCACAAGAAGAGUAUGAAGCAAGUUGUGCUACUUGCUUUUUGUUUCACCGAAGGAAAAUACAAAGAAGAGCAUCAUCACCACAGGCAAUCUUCGCCGGGGUGGACCAACGAAUGAAUGGAGUCGAGUCAAUGGAUGGAAUCUGAUCAAAUCUUGCGGAUCAAGACCUCCGGUACCUUGGUAGCCGCUUCGCUGGCUGAAAGAGUACCAACAGGCAUAAUAUUUACAAGUAGUACACUGUUACUGUUUAACUGUACCGGUACUGUACGGUAGUUUUACAGAAAGGUCCCGCCAUGGAUGAUGUUAAUUCUUGGAGGAGCACUUCAUGGAAAGUCAUUUCGAGCUGUGACUGACCAAAUGACUGCAACAAAGUUGCUCGGGAAACGGGAAACUGGUACUACUGUAGUACCGAUACCACGUCAACACGUCAACUACUAGAGUACUCUAACCAGCUCGGAGACCAUUUCACAACCUCCCCACAUGCGCAGUAUCGUACCGGUAGCGGCACAAAAGCACCAUGACCGCCUUUGCUAAGCGUCCCUCUCGACGCCUGAGUUUGAGUGAUAUCCCUGACUUUGGUGCUUUCCUUUCAUCGACGGCGGAAGAUGAUGCUGCACCAGAGGAAAAGAAAAGGAACAACGGGAAAACCAGACCUUCCAAGGCGAAGCGAAACUCCAUCUCUGAAGUGUCGACACUGCGAGGUUCUUCUUCGGCGACUCCUUCCUUUGCUCCUACUUUUAUGAAUGAUUCUGCCGCUUCGUUUGCCUUGGAAGACAGUGAUUUGGACGCAUCGUGGAGACAAGAACAAGCAGAAGAAGCAGCGAGACGAGUGCGACAGUCCAAGUCCUCUCGAAGAGGGCAACGAACAACUGUCGAUGUUGGAGUGGAAGUGCCAGUGUUGAAUCCGAUACGAGAAAAGGUGGGCAGAGUCAAGAAGAGUAGCAGCAGCAACAACACUACUACUACAGAGAGUCAGAAUGAUGUGCCUCCUCGAAAAAAUAGCAAAUCAAAGUCCAAGACACGCAGCAGCAAACUGCGGGCACCUGCCAAGACGGAAGAAGCGUUGAUGCAUCAAUCAUGUUCUGUUUUGGACGUGGCCUUCAGCAGUCGAAGCAGUAACGAGAUCAGCAAGCUAAAGAAAAAGAACAGCAACAGUGAUGACCGAAUGUCCAACAGUGAUCAUGGACCCACCCUACGAAAAAUCAUGAAUGGUAUCAACGGCACAAAGACCUCUUCUUCAAGUCGACGAUCGUCAGCCGCUACGCCACGAGUCCGCCUAGAACCAUCCAAACGAGAUGUCGCUGCUCAAAAGGAAAAGGGAAUCACCAUUGCUGAACGACUCUCUGCGAGCACUCACGCAGCAACGACUUCGCCGGGCCCCAGUUUGUGCAAACCCAACGGUACCACUAGCACACCCACCACAACACCGGGAUCAGCGGAUCAACAGCGCCGCCGUUCACGACGAAGGCGGCGGUCCAUGGAACCCCCCGCAUUGCGCACGAGUGCUGCAAACGCGAGUAUUUCUAGUACCAGUGCGACGACGCCGACAACACCCCGAGCUAGAAGAAAGUCGAGGAGCCAGUCGCGAGGGGCAAAAUCUCGUUCGGCUCCUUCGCUCCUCCUCAGUCCUGGUGAAAAACUGUUUGUCCCAGACGAGGAAACAGCCGCAGCAAAACGCACCAGCCACCAUUCUCGUGGAGCUUCCACUGUCAGAUCCAAGCGAUCCUCCAAGUCAGCCAACUCCACAGCCACUGCACCUGCAAUGCUCUUGUCUCCGGGGGAACGGCCAUUUGUCCUUGACGAGCGCCCUUCUACACGACAUUUGGGGAUCAACGUGCCAACCUUGGACGUUGGAACGAGCCAUCAUCAAGUGAGGCGACGAAGGCGUCACAGUACGGGACGAGAGGCUCUGGUCAUGGCGUUGGCUCAAACUGGACCACUGGAACACAACAACAAGAACAAUGCAAGCAAUCUUGCGGUGAAUGAACAAGAAAAGGCGCUGUUUCUCUUGUCGCCUGAUUCACGUAGUGCUGUUUGGGAAAAGCGGGCGGCUAUGAACCGCAUCAUGUCCCUGGAUGAGAGCAAACCUGCCAUUGCGGCUCCGCCCUUGGCAUUCUAGUUACUAGUUAGUCGACAGCCACUAUUGCAGAUGUAAUUAUUGCAGACUUAACAGAUUUGGUUAACACCGGU